AUGGAUGGUAGUGGUAGUUCGAUAAAAGUUCCUGGUAAGAUGGGUACAGGAGGUGGUGGAGGUGUUGAAGGUAAUCAGCUGAUCGUUCAAGAGCCAUCGAAGGCAUCCACCGGGGGCAAGAACAUGAUUGAGGCCGGUUACAAGGUUUCUAAGCCGCUGUCUGGGAAGCGGCAGAGCAUUUCAGGUGUUGUUACAAGUGAUAGUAGUGGAGCUAAGAGGAGAACUCUGCGUUAUGUGUUGGAGAAUCAAGGAGAUGGACCCUCAUUUGAGGCUCAGCUACUGCUGGACAGGAUACCAACGGAGUUACCUCCGGAUGCGGAGUUUCAACAAAAGCUUGCGCUAUGCCAGGAUGGGACUUUGCUACUGAACUUGGCGAUGGCGUUCUAUCAACCGUUAGAGCAGGUAGAAACGGUCAAAAGUUUGUUUCUAUUCCGAGAUUAUUUUUUUAAUCACGAGGGAUCAUACAAUUUUACAUUCAAUCAGUUUGUUAGGAUAUAUCCAAUAAUAUCGUGUCUGAUGGUUAAAUCCAAGGGCCAGCGUGAAAAGGUGAAAUGUCCCAAGGCGUUUGUUUCGGAGUCUCGAUGUCGAAUGGACACUUCUCAUAGAGCUAGAAAUGAAAAGACGAGGUCCAAGAAACCUAAACUUGAAUGCGAUUGCAAGGUUAACUACCGCAUUGAAAUUGACAUGGAGGAGCGUCAGGUUACAAUGCUUGUUAAGGGACUUCACACCCACCCUCUCUCGAACGUUUUAUCCUUUAAAAUGUCCGCCUUCUUGGUAAACAUCCUUGAUGAUCUCUGCAGGAAGGGCUACAAAAACGUCAACCAGAUCCAAUCUCUUAUGAAAAAGAGCUUAGAGCCUUACGAUUGGGACUCCAUCGGUUUCUCCCAUAUGCUUGCAACGAGAUCCCACUUCACAAACAGAAUUGCCAAGUUCCACCCCCCUAACGGCCUCGCAAAGGGUUUCGAACCCGGCACAAUCGUCAUCACCCAGUUCGAACCCAACGAACACACCGAAGCUAAUGAAGAAGGCGAUACCAACACGAACACCACCAGCAACAGAAAUUCAAAUAACAACCACCGCCAUCACCACGACCACCACGACCACCAUCAAAUCAUAGACAUUCAUAUCCAAGAAUCCCCUUAUCCUCAUAAUCUUUCUUCCGUAUCCCCAACUAAAUCAGACCCUGCCGUACUGCCAGAACUAGAAUGCCUGCAGAAGACAAUCUCGUCAAACCUCUGUAAAAUACAGGAAGCUUCUAGAAAACAUAAACUCAAAGGUGACCUAGAUUGGAUUAGAAAAGUCUCUCAACAACUAACAAACGUCGCAAAGCAAAUCGACGCUUCCCCAACACCACCAGUCCCUGCCUCCCCCCAAAACAACUCAAAAUAA